GAAUCGAGUUAUAACGAUGUCAACAAAGAAUUGACAGAAGGGCACAUGCUUAUUUGCUUAGUUAUACGUACGUAAGACCAUCGUUUAAUGCUUGUUGAUGAAAACAAUAUUGGUUUCUUGUGUAAUAACGCUCUUUUUCCAAAAUGGAUUCAGAUGACGACUACAUUGUCCAACAGUUCAGCGAUGAAGGAGGCAUCGAUUCGAGCGAUGACGAUGAAAUGGUUAUGAAAGAAUUUUACAAGCAAUCAGAGUGUGGGGAAAAAAAGUCGUUGAAAGAUUUUCAGGCUGAAAUGAACAAGGAAUUGGAGCUUCGUGUGGCAACUUAUCUUGAGAAAGAAAAAAUUCAAGAUCCAACAAAAUUUGGGAGUGAUGUUAAAACAGAAAGCAAGUCAAGAGAUCACUACUUUGACACUGAUUCUGAAGAAGAUGUCGAAACAGAAGAUUCAACAGCUCAAGCACAAUCUAAUAUGGAAUUAUUUUAUGAUCCUCAAAUGGAUCUCAAAGAUGAAUCCUAUGUACAAAAGCAGCGAGACAUGUACAGAAAGAAAUUCAAGAAUCAGGCCAAGCCCAAACUUUUACCUAACAGUGAUGCAGUGUUGAACUGCCCUGCAUGUUUUACAACUUUAUGCCAUGACUGUCAGAGGCAUGAAACUAUCAAAACACAGUACAGGGCUAUGUUUACUUUUCAUUGUCAAGUAGACAUGAGUGAGGUGAUGAAAAUUCCUCUGCAGUCACAGAAAAACCGUUCCAAGAAGACGGCGUCAGAUGAACCUACUUUCAGUGGGUCUGAAGAUGUUUAUCAUCCAGUACGGUGUUCCACGUGCAACACACAUGUGGCUAUGUUUGAUAGUGAUGAAGUGUAUCAUUUUUUCAAUGUCGUUACGAGUCAUUGAAUAAAGUCCCGUCUGUUAUUA